AUCCCAGGUGGCACUUUGGUCAAUCGUGCAACAUGGCGGAUUUAUCUUUAGACGAUUAUAUGGGAAAAAAGAAUUUCAAAGUACAAUUUCAAAAUAAUUACGUGAAUAAACCUACACAGAUUAGACAGAAAACAUUUCCCAACAAAUCUGGAUUAACGACAAAGAAAAAUUUUACUGUUGGUAGAAAUGGAGCCCAAAACAGGAUGCACACAAAUUUUGGUGGUGUUCAAAAGAAGAAUUUUGCUAUUCAGUCUUUUCAGAACUCGCAGAAACCAGCCAGAGCCAAACUAUCCAAGCCAAUGCAUGCAGUGACAGUCACAGGUUUGGGAAAUAAGAAUAUUUUCGAUGCACGGCAGAAGUUAUCCAGCAACACAAAGACUGGUGCAACAAACACGAAUGGCAACAGUGAUGCCCGUCAAAAAAUUAUCACAGCGCAGAAACAGAAAGGAAUAUUUGAUGCAAGAUCUAGAAUCAAAACAAAGACACAACCAAAUACUGGUCAGCCGGCACUAACAGGACCAAAAGUAACGGCACCAACAGGACCAAAAGUAACAAUUACAGGUCUUGGAAACGUGAAAAAGAAUGUGAAUAAUCCUCAGCAAGGGAUUCAGAUUGGUGGAAAAGGUGGAAUAACAAAAACAUUGAAGAAUGAAUUUGCCAAUGGUGGAUCUCAUGUAGAGGUUUUUGGUAACUCAAUUCAGAUUACUCGAUCUGUUCCGAAUAAAGAAGUCAAGUUCGAUGGUAAAAAUAAGUUGACUAUUACGAAGAGAGCGUCGUUAAUACAAGAUACACAGCCUGUGAAAAGAACCAGAUCUCCGAUUCAAUGGUCUUCAAAUGAUGCUACUUCUCCUUCUCCACCUAAACGUGCUAAUCUAAUAAAAACUUACAAAACAGCAGAUGCGAUACAAAGUGCUGCUGGCAAGGCUGCCAUCGAAAGACUUAGAAUGCCUCCUCCUGUUUCCACAUCUCCCAAAAAUACCAUCCCAGUCAUAACUUCAAUGAGACGUGAUGCUUUAACUGUUGCCAAGCGCAAAGCAUCACCCACAGAAACAGCAUCUUCCCCACAGCUAAUGAAAGCAAAAACGAAGAGUGUGUAUCGACCUGUCACGAUAAAGCAAGAACAACCAGAUGUGUACGAAGCUCCAGUGAUGUUGACAGAGGAAGAAGAACCUGUAGAUCAAUUAUUAAGUCCGCUACAAGGUUACAAAAUUACCGUCACAAAUCUGGACCCAGUUGUGUCUCAAGAUGACCUGAUUGAAUUAUUUGGUGCAAUAGGAGCGUUAAAGAGAGCGAAGAUUAGUCGCCCAGGAAUAGGAGAAGUUGUUUAUGUGAAGAAAGAAGACGCCCAAAAAGCUGCUACAAAAUAUCACAACAGAGAGUUAGAUGGUUUACCAAUGCAGGUUAAACUGGUUACACCAUUGGCUGCCAGAAUCCAACAGGUGGCUCAUGAAGACGAAUCAUCCUCUAUCUCGAUCCCCGAUUCACUGAAAUUUCCCAAACCUUCAGCAAUGACAUCAUCUGUAGUUGAAGUACCUUUGAUUCAUAAAGCUCUGUUUAAAAUUGGAACACAAGUUUCUACGAAACCUGUUACUUUUACAGUCAAGAUAUAGACAAUCAAAUCAGAACAGUAUAACAAAAACUUUUUCAGCUGUGACAAAUUCAUCAGUUCAUGUUAAAUGCUUGGCUUCUUUGCAAGUUUUGUGCAAGUCAGUCAUUAACAUAGACAUUAACAUUUCAUUGACUUUAAACACCUGAUUGAUAUGUGCUAAACUACGGAUUUAUUACAUGUAUUUCUGUUGUAGAAAUUGUUUUUUUCAUGAUUGACAUGGCACAUUUGGAUGGAUCAUAUUAUUACACAAAUAGUGGACUGAUUAUUUAUAAUGAGUAUUUCAUGAAAAUUCCCAUUUAUUGUCUUUGAUUUUGUUGAUUUCAUCAUUUAUCUGUUUGUGUUUGUAAAUAAUUUAGAGUUUAGGGGGAAUGGUAGAUUUUAUGUACAUGUAUAUGUGAUCAAAAUGGAAUCAUCAAUACGAGCUAUGUUUACUCAAAAACAAAAUCAGAUUAAAUGAUAUGAAAGCUUCACGGUUUUGAUAAAUUUGGAAGAGAGUAUGCCAAAAUUUUGAUAUCUUGUGUCCAUUAAUACAUAUUGAGGCUAUUGAUCAUGUGUGAAUGUAACCAGCAUUGAUGUUAGAUAUAAUUUUAUACUGAUGGCUUAUAUUUUAGUCUCUUGGCUGAGUAGAACUACUUAAAUUUACAUGUAGCAUAAAAUUCUCUGUCAUCAAGAAUUUAUAAAUUGGCCUAAUGCUAAAAACUAGAACAGACAAAUAUGCCCAUUAGUUUCAGUUUUGAUUUGGAGAGGGUGCUGGGCAGGGAAUGAUACUGAAAUGUCCUAGGUUCGAAUCCCAGGGUGGGCUAAGAAGAAUCUUCAGGGUUUUUGAAGCCGUUCAGAUGUUACAAAAGACAAAGGUUCACCUGUGUAUGCAGUGGCAUCCACACAGAAGAACCUGCACCAUUUGGAAAUCAAAUGUAAGUAGGCAGAAAUACUAUCCGGGCAUAAUUCACCUAUAUGUACCUCACACUGCAUUUACCAUACAAAUUAAUAUUGUCUCCAAAUGAUUGGGUUGAGACAGUAAACCUGAUUGCAUUCUGGUUUGAUCAAGUAAACUUUAGGUACAAAGUAUAUACAGGUAAGUGAAGGGUGUCAUGCUUGCAGCAGAGUAUGCCAUCAUUUCUAAAAUAUGUCACCACUUGUCGUUUGAAGAGUAUUCAUCGCAGACAAUUUUUGGUUGUACAUGUACGUUUGUAUUGGACAAUUCAUCUUGAGGGCCCAGAUAAGCGAAAGGACAUAGAUUUUAAAGAAAGGUGUGUCAUUAUACCUUGUAUCAAGUUUUUGUUAAUAAUGUAUUUAAUAAUAAAUAGAUUUUUGUUUAA